AUGCUACUAAACACAAUUUGUGAUACUGGGGAACAGUUUAGUCAAGGAUCCAGGUCUCCCAUUGCAGAGGCAGUAUUUCAACACCUAGUUAAUGAAAAAGGUAUUGCAAAAGAUUGGAUUAUUGAUAGUGCUGCUAUAGGUUCUUGGCAUAUUGGAAAACAACCUGAUUCAAGAGCUAGACAGAUUUUACAGAAUCAUAAAGUGCAGUACAAUGGCAGAGCUAGACAAAUCCAGAAAAAUGACUUCAAUGAGUUUGACUUCAUUUUUGGUAUGGAUGAAGACAAUAUGUCAGAUCUAGAAACACGAGCUCCAAAGGGAAGUAAGGCCAAACUUUUGCUUCUUGGAGAGUUCGACCCACAAGGCGAAAGAAUUAUUAGGGAUCCAUAUUAUGAUGAUGGUUCUGAAGGAUUUGAGAAAUGUUAUCAGCAGUGCCUAAGAGCUUGUGGAGCAUUCUUGGAGCAAAACUCCUAAAUUUACAAAUUGAGUGUUGUGAAAUAAAUACCAGUUGAAAUAGGACGUUUAUACAUUUUUAUAAAAUAGUCUUUUUACUGCCUUCGAGAGUUGUUUGGGUAUCAAUUAGGGUUAGAAUUAUUUUUUAUAGAAUUAUGUAUAUAGUAUGAUAAUGGAAAGGAAAAUCAAAUUAAAAACCUUGAAUAGUCACAUAACAUGCAAAAUAUGUAGGGGAUAUCUCAUAGAUGCCACAACAGUUACCGAAUGUCUGCAUACUUUUUGCAAGACUUGUCUAGUAAAACACUUAGAGGAAAAUAAUACUUGUCCAACAUGUUCUAUAGUGAUACAUCAGUCCCAUGCCCUCCAAUACAUAAGCUUUGAUAGGACUAUGCAGGAUAUUGUAUAUAAAUUAGUACCAGAUUUGCAAAAAGAUGAAACUAAUCGAGAGAAGGAGUUCUACAGGCAAAGAGGUUUACCUUAUCCCAAAGAUAUACCCCUAACAAACGGUGACGUUAACGGUGAUGAUAAUCAUGCUGAUGCUAGCCACGCUGAAAAUGAUUACCACAGGCAAGAUGAACAAGUGAAUUUAUGUUUGGAAUGUAUUAGUUCAAAUUUGAAAUCGCUGAAAAGGAGAUUCAUUCGAUGUUCUGCUCAAGCGACGAUUUCACAUUUAAAAAAGUUUGUAGCUAAAAAGGUUCUAGACGGAAUAGAUAAGUAUAGGGAUAUUGACAUACUGUGUAACGAUGAACUAUUAGGCAAAGAUCACACUUUGAAGUUUGUCUAUGUGACGAGGUGGCGGUUUCAGAAUCCUCCCCUGAUAUUACAAUAUAGGCCAAGGAUUGAUAUAUGAUUCUUACGGCUAUUGUAUAUUCUCGAGACUGAUCAGUUUAACAAAAGUGAUUAAUGUCAAUGUGUGUGUUUAAUAUAUAGAUAUACAGAUCGUCAAACAGAGAAACAAGUUUUAAUCAAGCACUCAUAUAUUGUAAAAAUAGACGCAGGACCAAUUUGAAGAUGUCUGUAUAAGUUUAUGCAAGUUGCUUCUCAUAUUUAGUUACUAGUAAAUUAUUAAUAUAUGUUGAUGUGACCACCAGUGAUGGUAUUGCAUCACUGCUAUCAGUAAUAAUAUUUUCACUCUUUUUUUGAUGACUUCAAAAAGUAUUAUUCAUACUUCUUCUUACUGCGCCGUCUCCC